AUGAUCGGUAGCGAUGCGGGCGAUUUUGAAACGCAGUGGGAUAUUCUGCGAUCAGCUUUGCGAGAAAUCCACACAAAAAAUGCCUCCACCCUAUCCUUCGAACAAAUUUACCGAGCUUCCUACAAAAUCGUCCUGAAAAAGCAAGGCGACAAGCUCUAUGACCGGGUCAAGGAAUUCGAGGAGCAAUGGUUCGGUACCUCUGUAAUGCCGAAGAUUCGCACUCUCAUCACCACCAACCUGGUCAAUAACACCCUCGGCGGCGUGUCUGGUAUUACGGCCAAUGAGCGGCGAAUGACCGGAGAAGAGUUUCUGAAGGGCCUCAAGACAUCAUGGGAGGACCACAUCACAACCAUGAACAUGACCACGGACGUUUUGAUGUACAUGGACAGAGUUUAUUGUACGGACAAUCGCAAAGCCUCGAUUUUCACGACAUCGAUGGGCCUUUUCCGAGAUCACAUCCUCCGCUCACAACUGACCGGCUCGGACCUCACAACCUUCGACAUUUUGAACUCGGUUAUCCUUGACAUGGUUCGUAUGGAACGAGACGGAGAUGUGAUCAAUAAGGCGAUCGUCAGAUCAUGCGUUUAUAUGCUAGAGGGUCUUUAUGAGUCUGACGAAGAGAACGAGUCCGAAAAGUUGUAUAUCACAACCUUUGAGCCCGCUUUCCUAAACGCCAGCAGAGAGUUUUACCAGAAGGAGUGCACAGCUUUACUUCGAGAUUCGGAUGCCAGCACCUGGUUGCGACAGACCAAGAAGCGACUGAUCGAAGAGGAGACUCGGACGCAAACUACAAUAUCGAUGCUCACUUCUCAGAAGAUUGCCAAGGUCAUUGAAUCUGAGAUGAUCAGUAGUCGUCUGUCCGAAUUUCUUGCUAUGGAGGGUAGUGGCAUUAAGGUAAUGAUUGAGAACGAUCGCUACGAAGACUUGACCCUCCUUUACCAACUGAUCUCACGAGUCGACCAAUCCAAGGAGCCAUUGAAGCAGGCUUUAUCAGAACGAGUCCGAGAACUAGGAUCCGAGAUCAAUAAGAUGAUCAUCAAUACGGAUUUCUCAAAUGUCGCCGGAGCAGCUGAGGAUGGCGAAGCAGCUGAAGGCGCUGACAAGUCAAAGGCACCAAGGCAGCAAUCUGCUGCGGCCAAGCAAACAGCAGCUGCCAUACGAUGGGUGGAUGAUGUCUUGACAUUGAAAGAUAAAUUCGAUAGUAUGUGGAAGAAGUGCAUGAAUGAAGAUCUCAUUCUACAGACCGCACUUACAAAGAGCUUCUCCGACUUCAUCAACGAGUUCCCCCGUUGCUCUGAGUAUGUCUCGCUAUUUAUCGACAAUAAUCUCAAGGGUGGCAUCAAGGGCAAGACUGAAGCGGAGAUUGAUGCCGUACUUGACAAGGCGACGACGCUUCUUCGAUAUAUCCAGGAUAAGGAUAUGUUUGAGAGGUACUACAAGAAGCACUUGGCUCGCCGCUUACUGCACGGCAAGUCGGAGAGCGCAGAUGUUGAGAGACAAAUGAUUUCGAGGAUGAAACUCGAGAUAGGUAACGCUUUCACCACUAAGCUCGAGGGCAUGUUCAAGGAUAUGACCAUGUCCGAAGAUCUCACAUCCGGCUACCGCACUCAUAUCCAGAAUCUUGGCGAUCUCGACAGAAAGCAAAUCGAUCUAGGAAUCAAUGUCUUGACCACGAAUUAUUGGCCGAUGGAGUCAAUGGGUGGUAACAACUCGCGGCGUGACGAUGGAACCCAAAUACCCUGCACUUGGCCAAACGAGAUUCAUCUUCUUCAGGAGUCAUUCAAGGCCUUCUACCUCAAGGAGCGGAAUGGUCGAAUGUUGACCUGGUUGGGAUUCCUUGGUAGUGCCGAUAUGCGUUGUGUGUUCCCCAAGAUUCCUGGAAAGGAGGGCAUUCUGAGUCGUGAGCGACGACAUGAGAUUAACGUCCCUACAUACGGAAUGGUUGUCCUCCUUCUGUUCAAUGACCUCGCCGAAGGCGAGACAUUAUCCUUCGAGGAAAUCCAGUCUCGCACCAACAUUCCCCCUCAGGACCUUGCACGCAUCCUCCACACUUUGGCUGUCAAUCCCAAGGCAAAGGUUCUGACCAAGGAUCCUGCGAAUAAAGACCUUCCAAAGCCGGGAGAUAAGUUCGGAUUCAACGCGAGCUUCACUAGUAAGGCCGUCAAGAUCAAGGCCCCUGUAAUGCUGGGAGCAGUAAAUAGAGUUGAAGGAGAGGAAGAGCGCAAGGACACCGAAGACAGAAAUGACGAGCACAGAGGCAACGUCAUUGACACUGUGAUUGUACGGAUUAUGAAAGCACGGAAAACCCUCGCCCACACCCACCUAUUCAGCGAGGUCAUUGGCCAACUGGCAACACGAUUUAAGCCAGACGUUGGCAUGAUGAAGAGACGAGUGGAGAGCUUGAUCGAGCGGGAGUAUCUAGAGCGAGUUGAGGGUGCGGAGGUUUCUACGUAUGCAUAUCUGGCAUAA